AAGGGUCACCUGACCACUCGCGUUCACCUCCGCCUCCACCUCCUCCUCCUUCCCCUCCCCAAGCCGGAGCGAGCGCUGUUGUGGACGGGAGUCUCCCUGCCAGGCGGACUGACUGGAACACGGACGCUGCAGCCGGUUUGGCCGGUGCCCUUUCCCGCUCUGGAAAGGAAGAGAAAUGGAAGUGAAAAAGUUGGGCCUUUCCUGGCAAUUCUUGAUAGUUCUGGUUCUCAUCCUGCAAAUUCUGUCUGCGUUGGAUUUUGACCCGUACAGAGUCCUAGGGGUCAGCCGAACAGCCAGUCAGGCUGAUAUUAAAAAGGCUUAUAAGAAGCUCGCCCGGGAAUGGCAUCCUGACAAAAAUAAAGAUCCUGGAGCAGAAGACAAAUUCAUUCAAAUUAGCAAGGCUUAUGAGCUUCUUUCCAAUGAAGAAAAGAGAUCACACUAUGAUCACUAUGGAGACGCUGGCGAGAACCAAGGCUACCAGAAGCAGCAGCAGCGAGAGUAUCGCUUCCGCCACUUCCAUGAAAAUUUUUAUUUUGAUGAAUCCUUUUUUCAUUUCUCUUUUAACUCUGAGCGCCGGGACUCAAUUGAUGAGAAGUAUUUAUUGCACUUUUCACAUUACGUAAACGAAGUGGUUCCAGACAGCUUCAAGAAACCCUACCUCAUUAAGAUCACCUCUGAUUGGUGCUUCAGCUGUAUCCAUAUUGAGCCUGUUUGGAAAGAAGUGGUUCAAGAACUUGAAGGGUUAGGUGUGGGGAUUGGUGUGGUCCAUGCUGGGUACGAGAGACGCCUAGCCCAUCACCUAGGAGCGCACAGCACACCCUCUAUCCUAGGAAUUAUAAAUGGGAAAAUCUCCUUCUUCCAUAACGCAGUUGUCCGUGAGAACCUACGACAAUUUGUAGAAAGUCUUCUUCCAGGGAACUUGGUGGAGAAAGUUACAAAUAAAAAUUAUGUCCGAUUCCUUUCUGGCUGGCAGCAAGAGAAUAAACCUCAUGUCCUUCUGUUUGACCAAAUACCAGUUGUACCACUUCUAUACAAGUUGACUGCUUUUGCAUACAAAGAUUAUUUGUCAUUUGGAUAUGUCCAUGUUGGUUUGAGAGGGUCUGAAGAAAUGACAAGGCAGUAUAAUAUCAAUGUCUACACCCCUACCAUCUUGGUCUUCAAAGAACACAUCAACAAGCCUGCUGAUGUUAUCCAGGCUCGAGGUAUGAAGAAGCAAGUCAUUGACGACUUCAUCACGCAAAACAAGUACCUGUUGGCAGCCAGGCUCACCAGUCAGAAGCUGUUCCAUGAACUCUGCCCUGUGAAACGGUCUCACCGACAGAGGAAGUACUGUGUGGUUUUACUGACUCCCGAGACCACCAAGUUGAGUAAACCAUUUGAGGCUUUCCUGUCCUUUGCCCUUGCAAACUCACAGGACACAGUGAGGUUCGUGCACGUCUACAGCACUCGGCAGCAGGAGUUCGCCAGCACCUUACUACCAGAUGGUGACAUGUUUCAAGGACAGUCAGCGGUGUCUAUCUUAGAAAGGCGAAACACAGCAGGAAGAGUGGUAUAUAAAACUCUGGAAGACCCCUGGACUGGGAGUGAGAGUGACAAAUUCAUCCUAUUGGGUUAUAUUGACCAACUACGCAAAGACCCAGCCCUCCUGUCCUCUGAAGCUGUGCUCCCCGACCUGAUGGAUGAACUCGCCCCUGUAUUUCUGCUUCGGUGGCUUUACUCUGCUUCUGAGUACAUCUCGGACUGCUGGGAUAGCAUAUUUCAUAACAACUGGCGAGAAAUGAUGCCCCUCCUGUCCCUGAUCUUCUCGGCUCUCUUCAUCCUCUUUGGCACUGUCAUCAUGCAGGCUUUCAGUGACUCAAAUGAUGAACGAGAAUCAAGCCCUCCUAAUAAAGAGGAAGCUCGCGAGAAGUCGGGGAAGACAGAACCGACCUUCAGCAAAGAAAACAGCAGCAAGAUUCCUAAAAAAGGCUUUGUGGAGGUGACUGAACUCACAGAUAUAACAUAUACCAGUAACUUGGUACGCCUGCGGCCAGGCCACAUCAAUGUGGUCCUUAUCCUGUCAGAGUCCACCAAGACCAGCCUGCUUCAGAAAUUUGCCUUUGAGGUCUACUCGUUCACUGGGAGCAGCUGCCUACACUUCUCCUUCCUGAGUCUAGAUAAACACAGAGAAUGGCUAGAAUACUUACUGGAAUUUGCUCAAGAUGCAGCCCCGAUCCCAAACCAGUAUGAUAAGCAUUUCAUGGAUCGUGACUACACGGGCUAUGUACUGGCUCUGAAUGGCCACAAGAAAUACUUCUGCCUCUUCAAGCCCCAAAAAACAGUCGAAGAAGAAGAAGCAGCCAUGGGGUCCUGUGGUGAUCUUGACUCUUCCCUCCACCUGGCUGAAUCUCGAGGGAAAUCUUCGGGCAGCCUUGGCUCCAGGCCCAUCAAAGGAAAAUUAAGCAAGUUGUCCUUAUGGAUGGAACGCCUGUUGGAAGGCUCCUUACAGAGGUUUUAUAUCCCAUCAUGGCCUGAAUUAGACUGAAAGCAUUUCAAAAGAAAAUUGAACUUUUCAGACAUUUUAACAUGCCUCUGUGAACAGGUAUUUUCAGGACUCAUAUCCCAACAAACAGAGUAUAGAUUUUAGAUUUCUCUUCUAGAACAGUGGCUAGAAGAAUUUUCUUUCCUUUGUCCUAGCCUGGGAAUGAAAAACCGCACAGGUU